UCUUAUAAUGGGUAUAGGAUCUCUGGUCUUUUCACUCCCAUACUUUCUGGAUCUAACAAUUUCCAGUUAUUUUAGUAAACUUGGGCUGAAUGCUUCACGCUUGUUGGAUGAGAACACAUGUCGGAUAUCUCCAGUGUCCGUCCAGCCUGUCCAUGCAGAACUUCCAGGUGGUAGUCACUUUGCCAUUCAACCACCAAGCCCUGAUGUGACCUCAUCUCGGUGUCAAGAGGGCACAUCAUCCAAUGUAUUGCACAUUUUGAUCUUCAUGGUUUCCCAGGUUCUGAUAGGCUGUGGAGGGUCACCUAUUUUCACUUUGGGCACUACUUACAUAGAUGAUCAUGUGAAGAAAGAAAGUUCUUCGAUGUAUAUAGGGUGUAUGUACAGUACAUCAGGUCUCGGCCUUGUUUUUGGGUUUCUUCUUGGUGGGUACUUUCUUUCCAUUCAUGAAGAUGCUAUCUUAUAUGACACUGUGCCUUAUGACAUACAUCCAGGCAGUCCUCGUUGGGUUGGAGCAUGGUGGGCAGGAUUUGUUCUCUAUGGAUUCUUGUUAACAAUGAUUUCUAUUCCAUUUUUUGCAUUUCCCAAAACACUGAAGAAAGAAAAAGAACGCUUGAUUUUGGAAACUCGUGAGCUUUCACCAUCAAAAGAGCCUCAUAUCCAAGAAGAAUUACACAUGCCUGGAGAAACACAGCCAAACCCUUCUGUUUCUAAAGAAGCUGAAAAGAAACAAAAAUAUGGAAAAGAUGUUAAAGAUAUUCCAGCAUCUAUGUGGCAUCUGAUCAGUAAUCCAAUCUAUAUAAUCACCUGCCUGGGUGCCUGUAUGGAAUUAUCUAUUGUUAAUGGCUUCAUCAUCUUUCUUCCAAAAUACUUGGAAACGCAGUUUAACCUUGAUAAAUCUGAAGCUAACGUGUUCACAGGUGGAAUAGCUAUACCUGGGGCAUGUGUUGGAAUUUUCUUAGGAGGAUACUUACUGAAGAGAUUUCAGCUGAGGCCAAAAGGAGCUAUCCAGUUUGUGAUGUUUUUCAAUAUUCUUUCCAUGGGAUUAUUCAUUGUGCUCUAUUUUCUUGGAUGUGAUAAUAUAAGGAUGGCUGGUGCUACAUUACCUUAUUUCAACAACACUGAGCUUGAACACUUUCAAGUAAACCUUACUGCUGAUUGCAAUCUUGGAUGCCAGUGUACACCUAAAGAAAUCGAACCAGUUUGUGGACAAAAUGGAAUAACAUACUUUUCUCCAUGCCAUGCUGGAUGUCGACUUGAAAGUGGUCGUAGUCAAAUGAUAGGAAUAGUUCAGAACUUUACAAGUUGUGCCUGUAUUCCAACCAAUAAGACCAUACUCGAAGAUGUAACGGCUGUACCCCUUGCCACCUACGGAUCUUGUCCACAAGUCUGUAAGGCUAUGAUUCCAUUUAUGUUGCUUCUUUUCACAAUGACAUUGGUUGUGUCAAUCAUGCAGAUGCCUGUCUUGAUGAUAACCCUCAGAUCUGUUAGUGAAGAAGAACGGUCUUUUGCUCUGGGAAUGCAGUUUGUCAUUUUCAGACUGUUUGGAUAUAUUCCUUCUCCUAUCAUGUUUGGGAAUGUUAUUGACUCCACAUGUUUGGUGUGGAAAGCUUACUGUGGAAGACCUAGUGGAUUUUGUCUGAUGCAUGACAUUGAACAGUUUCGACUUAGGUAUAUUGGAAUGUGCACAGGACUGAAGGUUGUAGCGGGGUGUUUAUUCUUUCUUGACUGGGUUCUCAUCUCCUGGAAACAGAGGAAAGAUAUUGAACAUCCAGUGGCCAUGACUCUAGGGGAACUGGUUUCCUCUGUUAUAUCGUUAGAUCGUCUUUCAACCGUGGGCUGGGGAGAUUUCUCUCGAGAAGAUGUCAGAACCAGGGCAGUUCCCAAUGAAGAAGAUGAAAUGCAGCCUUUGGAAGAUGAUAAAAAUUGUCCUCAUCCUGAAAAAGAUGUACCAUCCAAGACUGAGGCCACAACUAGAUAAUAAUUCUAUUUUAUUUUUUUUUGAGUGAGAAAUCAGUUUAAGUAAAAAUAUGAAAAAAACAAUUUAUCCACAUUAGUAGAACUUCUGCUUUCUCUCUGCUGCUUGAACCAGACACCUGUACUGAGCAUUAGUAUAAAAGUAACUAUUAAAGAAAUUAUAAUAUAACACUAAAUUACUUUGUGAGAACUAUUUCUGGUAAUAACAUAAUAAUAAUGGCUAUGUAACGUAAGAAAGUUUUCUGUUAAUUAAAUAUCAGUUUGUAGCAUUUUAAGCUGUUCGAUCAAAUUGUGAAAACUGGCUGAAUACAUUUGCGUUUUGAUAGUUAAUGUAUUCUUCUUUGUAGUCCACUCUACUAAUAGUUAGAUCUUGCAUGUCUAUUGGUGAAUGAAAAUAUUAGUUGUAAAUAAAAUACAAAAACAAUGUGUUAAAGGUUCAGCACAUGAGAUGAAAAUCAGAGAGUAAAUAUUCUGGAAAGAAAAGGAAUUUUGUAGUUUUUCUGCAAUGAGUGCUCAGCAAAUGUGUGAGUUAAUGUUAAGGUUCGUAUAGAGUUAUUGCAUGUAUAGGCUUGUGCUUAUAAGAUAAGAACACACAGAACUUGUGUGUAUCACAUUAGUUAAGACUUACGUAUUAUAUGCAUGUUCUGCAGAGAUGCCAGGAUACUAGCCAGCAUAAAAACUUUCUAUAGUGCAUUAGCUUAAAAUUGUACAUAGGUUGAAAAAGAUAGUUGUAUCAACUCAGAAAGAAGUAUUCUUAAUGACAGUUGAUAAUAAGGUAAGAUAUGUAGUUUAUAAAAUACUGGGAACCUUGUAAUUUAAGUUAAUGGUGAUGUCAGUCUUUCUUUUGUUUAUUAGUUUAUUCAUUUUAUAAAAGAGUGAAUGACGGGUAUGAACUUUGGUUAGAGAGGAUGAUUUGUUCUGAGUGGGGCUGCAAACUGUGUGAACUUAAUGUUGGUGUGUUACAGUAGUACUCGUUCUGAUGCACAAGAUAAGUGCACAUUAUUGCAAGUCACGUUACCCAUUAUGUGUAUACUGUUCCUACUUUACUCUUGAAGUGUGAUAUUUUAAACAUUAUUUUUUAUUUCAGUCUUUUUCAAUUUUAUAUUUGUGUGGUAUUAUGAUGUUUAUUUAUGCAUUUAUUAAAAAAAAAACUAUUUUUUGUGAAAUUGUUUAAACUGAGACAUUGAAUAAUUUCUGAUCUGCCUGAACUUUGUUACCAGGAUAAAAGAUAUGCUCAGGAUGAUCAGAAAUAAAUAAUUUCAGUUAUCUGAGAGAGAACAUUAAACCAAAGUUUAAGAUUAUUAUUGUAUAGGAAAAAAAAAUAGUAUAGUAGUAAUAUAAUAUCUGAUGAAACAUUGGAAAUGAGAUUUCCUUCUGUAUCUUUAUGGAAACAGAUAUAUCUAGGUACCUUUUAGUAGAACUAAUAGUGAAAAACAUGGUUAUUGACAAGUUUUGAAUUGUUGAUUUAGCAUACUGAGAAGCAUGUGUAUUAAAGCUGUGAAGUGUGAAAUUUGUAGAUCUAUUUUAGUAGUAGCAGUAGUUAGAGAUUGUAAGAUAGUCUAUUUACCUUUUGUAGAAUAGUUGUUUGUAUAGCAGUUUGAUAGAGAAUAUAUUACACACAUACAUAUAUAUAUAUAGGCUUUAUUGUCUUGCAACUCAGACUGUUAUGUAGUGGUACUCUAAAAAUAUUGGACGUUGCCAGGAGGGGUUCAGGGAACGUGAACCCCACCUCCUUCUUUUGGAACACAAAUAAACAUUAAUUCUAUGAGCCACCAAUCUUUUUGCUGGAUAACAGCCUAACCAAUAUUCUCAGUAUGGUGAUGAUGUACUGAAUGGCCAGUGGUCCUAUUUCUCAGUACAAUGUGAAUUAACAAGUACCAUGCCUUUUGCACCUAAUUGAAAAGGCAAAUGUCAUACCGUAAAAUUAGAAUUACGUUAUUUUCACUUAUGUUGGAGUAGCUAACUAUGUUACAGAAGGCUAUGUCUGUCGUUUUCACACACACACACACACACACACACACACACUCCUAACCAGUUUGAUUCGGUGCUUAAACUGAAAGAUUUAAAUGAUGCUAUGUUUUCCUUAUAUAAUAAAGUGUAAAAUAAUUAUCAAAAACAAGAGUAACAUACAUACAAACUUUCAAUCAAGGAAAGAGUAGACAGUAACUGGUUUACUUUUAAAACUUGCACGAAUAUUUAUAUCAACUUGUUCAUUAUCGAGUACUAAAUAUACAGUUUUACGAAUACGCAUGUAAACGUAAGAAAUAUGUACCAUAAACAUAAAUGAACCCUCCUAAGAAAAUCCUGGUGAUGUCCAUUAUUAUAUGUAUAUAUAGUUUAAUAAUGAUUGUUAUAGCCCCACUUACUGUAAUGUUACUGUAGUAACUGUUGAAUGAGAUUUGUUGUAGUAAUUACAUUUUUAAUUCACGUUGUUGUAGCUGGUCUCUACAUAUAUUCACGAUCACUGAGAACUUUAAUUUUUUUUUAACAUUUUCCUAAAAUGCUUUUAUUUAGAGGUUUAUUGAAUUUAUUAAGCCACACUUUUUGCCAUUUCAAACCUGUAGAACCUAAACUACUCAACAGAUUGUUCCAUUAUGUUCCAUUUGAUUGUAUUUUCAGCAGUCAUGUUUUCUGUGUUGGAGGAAAAUUGAUAUCAUUAAUUGAAUGCAAAACAACCUGGUGGGUAAUCGGUAUUUAGUUUUUACUAAACCAAUCAAUUGUGGUUCCAUUUGGUAGUCACUAAAAAGACAUAAAGUUAAGUUUUAAUUUCAUACUGAGGUUUUGACCUGAUGAUUUAUUUAAUGCAGUUUAUUCAAGUAAUGGUUACUGUUGAUCAUCAAUAGUUUAGCAUAGCUGGAAUAAUAGUUGUAGACUGUGAUUUAUCAUGUAACUAACCCAAAGUAGCUUUAUUAAACAUAGAAGGCACUCAGUAAAAUAGAAAGUCUUGUAUAUCAAGAUUAUGCUCAUCCUUGGGGUCCAGAUUAAAUAGUCUUGAAACAUAGUGUGUUAUUGUAUGAUUAUACCAUACCUAUUGUAGCUUGAAUGUAGCAAAUUCUUUUCUCAGCUGAGCGUAAGUGAUAUGAUAAUAAAGGUAUCUAUCAUUGAA